AAGAGUAUUGCCUACUUCAUAUUUCAUAUUGUUCCAAACCAAAAUAUUUGUUUAUGUUUUUGUUUAGGUUGAUUUUUGUUAGUUACGAGUACAUGUAGUGUUGAGGAUGAUUUUUGUUGCAGUUACACAUGUAUGUGUAUUAUAUACUGAGUAAUGAAACAAAUAACAAUAAUGGUGGGCAUGUAUGCUGGAAAGGAUUUGUUCUGGAUGAACAUCUUCCAUCAUAAGAUGGUCCUUAAGUACUUGUGGAAGAGAGAUGAGGAUGGUUAACAGAAAAGUCUCAUUAUGUAACAGUAAAUGAAUAAAUGAUAGCCAAAAAAAGAGAGGAACUGGCAACUCCCAUGCAUCAGAGGGUUGCCUGAGAAUGGUAAGAGAAAUGUCAGCAAUAAUUCAUUUCACUUAAUGUCAUUUAACUGUACCACUAUGGUAGUCAAUUUCAGAGGCACUUGUGGAGUGUACUGCUGAAUAUUUUAUGCAAAAUAGAGCCAAAUGUCAUACAUUAUGUUAUGCAGUGGUUUAGGGAAUAUACUGUUCAUGUUACUGAAGAUUGGCCCAGAAACAGUCUGACCUAAAUCCAGCUGAAAAUUGUGGUGAAAUGUAAAGAAAAAGUUGAAAGAGCAGCAAACCAGUCCAUUACUGAAAUUGAAGGUGGCUGCAGUAAGGAUGCAGAACAACAUUUCUAGUGAGACUGCAUAACUUGGUUGAUUGUUUCAAGUAGACUGAGUCUGUCAAGUGGAAGGAAAACAACUAAUAGUAUGGCCAGUGCAAGCGGAGAGGCACCAUCCUUAGCGCAGCAUCCUCCGAUUUUCCCCCUCGUUCCCUGUCCUGUCCACGAGGGGCUGAGUUAAGGCCCCGCACCCCAGCACUCGAUGAGCAAGAAAGGACCAAGGAAAAUGUUCCCUGGCCUCUUAGAAGAUCCUGAGAGCAGCCGGCGUGUUCACUGGGGCCAUGGUGAUGUGCUCAACCUUGUAGAAAAGGUUGGUGAACACUGGCAAGAGUUCUGCAAUGGUGUCAGGAAGAAAAAGUUUAUUUGGAAGGAUAUUGCAACUGAGAUGGGCCAGAUUGGUUUUGUUGUUAGCGGGGAUGAGUGUGACCGCAAGUGGAGAAAUCUCAAGAUUCGCUAUUUGGCAGUACUGGAGAAGCAAAUGAGUGGAGAGAAGUCUGCUCACCGAAUUGACUACUUUGAAAAGAUCCAUGCCUUCCUCAGUAAUGACCCUGUCACUUUGGCUUACUUGGAGCAGAGAAGCAUCCAGCAGAAGUGCAAGAUCUUAGCAGACCAGAAAGCUGAAAAUGAAGAGGAGUUGCCAGACUUAGAUGAUGCAGGUAUACUGGACUGGAGUGACAGAGCUGUGCAGCUGCUUCUGGACCUUCUGCUAGAAUUCAGGGAUUGGUUCACCGACCAGGACAAUGAUUGGGAUGACACCACUAUCUGGGAGACCAUCUCAGAACAAAUGAAGCUGGAGGGCCACCAGCCAUCAUCAGAACAGUGCUGUCGCAAGUGGGCUUCAUUGACCAUGGAUUAUCAGCAUCACAAAACAGAGGCUGAGGCCACAGGGUCAGUACCACUUUGGCCAUACUAUACGCGUGUCCGACAUGUCCUGGCCCAGGUGGGUAGGCCAACUGUCAGCAAGGUUAACACCUCAGUUACACUUGAUUCAGGUUCUAAAAAGUCCUUCAAACGGGGAAUGAAAAGGACAAGAAGUGAUACUAAGACAAGAACAAUACAUAUCUGCAAGCGAGAGAUUCAGGAUAUUGACAAUACUACUGAGGAGCAAACUGAAGUUGCUACUGCUUAUACAGAAUUAGGCCUUUCAAGGGAGCAGGAAGUUUCAGGCAGGACUACUACUACAGGCACAGCAAAGGAUGCUUUGCAGUCAGGGGAUAUUCGGGAGAUCUGCCAACGUUUAGAGAACAUAGAAGAGAACAUGGCUAUCUGCCGCCGCCUGGAUCACUUGGAGGCCCAGUUAGAUGCUGCAGCUGAACACCGUCGGGCUCAACAGCAGACCAAUACUCUUCUCAGCCAAGUUCUGACUGAGUUAUCAGCACUGCGCCGCACCCUCAGCACAAGGCCUGCUCACAAGGUACAGGAUCCAACAGACCUGUCCUCUGGCAUCACCAUUGUGGUGCCUCAGUCUCAGCAGCUCUAGUGAGGAUCCUAAGCCCAGGAAUGAAGAACCAAAGGCCCAAAGACCCAAAUGCCGUGGAUCUGAAGAUCUGUUAUUGUUUGGUACUCUAAAUAAAAGUCUUUUGUAGUGCACAAAAUGGUGUGUAUGAAAUUGUUAUGUGAAUAUUUUUAGUAAAAAGAGUAAUUGUUUUUUA